CGUCGUCAUCGCACUUGUUAUCAGCGCGCGCGCGUUAUCAACCGUUUCGGACAGUCUGUCGUCGCCGCUGCCGCAGACGAUACGCGCGCGGGUGAGUAACGAUACUACGACAAUCAGCAACCGACGUUCAGCGCUAGUCAGCUAACCAGCUGCAGUCGUGUAAUUCCAUUUCGUUCUGUAAACAAUUGCCCGUUUGCACGCAAGUACGCGGUCGUUUCGCACUAGAUCACUGCCACUACCAGCGCCGUUCCCGUCAUGGACAUGGAAAAUGUAAAACAGAUAUUCAGAGACGCUGGCACAGCGCUCAGUAGAGCCGUCCAGUUUACUGAAGAAAAAUUGGGAAAAGCAGAAAAAACUGAACUGGAUCCAAAUUUUGAACAACUGGUCACCUUCUGUGAUAACACAAAACAGAACACCGAAACAAUACUGAAGAAUAUGGAAUUUAUUCUGAAUUCCAACCCUGGUAUGAGAGUUGAAAAUCUAUUCUUUUUGGACAAGAAAAAAUCAGGUCUGAGUAGCUUAGAAUACUUAGGACUUGCCAUGACGGAAGCAGGAAAUGAUUUUGGUCCAGAUACUGUUUAUGGAAGCGCUCUUAUAAAAGUUGGAUAUGUUCAGCAAACACUUGGACUCAAUCAAAGAGAUUUCAUUAAAUCAGCCAAUGACUGUUUUGUUAGUCCAAUGAAUAAAUAUUUAGAAACCGACAUGAAGACUGUUGUUAAGGAGCGAUCACUAUUGGAAAAAAGAAGACUUGACUUAGAUGCUUGCAAAACUCGAGUUCGCAAAACCAGAAUGCUUGCAACUACUAAAGUUAAGCAAGAAGACUCUGGUCCUACUACGGAAGAGUUAAUUGAAAAGGCUGAAAACGACCUCAAGAUAGCUCAAGAAGAAUAUGAUCGCCAGGCGGAAAUCACUAAAUUAUUGAUGGAAGGUGUUCCUAGUGCACACCCACAACACUUGCAACAUUUAUUAGACUUUGUUGAUACACAAGCUGCUUUCUAUUUAAAAUGUCAUGAAUCUUUAAUGAGUCUUCAAUCUGAUUUAUCUGGGUUUCCUACUGACCAAGAUAAUAUUGCAACAUUAUCACCUGAUACUCCAGCUUUGGGUCGUGUACAACAAGCUAAAGUCAUUACUAGUCAAGAACCACGGGAUGCUCACGAUUUAAGAUUAAGUGCUGGAGAAGUAAUUAGUAUUGAUGUAAAUUCAGAUAUCGGUUCAAACUAUUUUAUUGGUAAAAAAAUUCAAAAAGGAAAAGUUUAUAAAAGCAAUGUUAGGCUUUUAAACCAAAGUUAAAUUUUGGUGACGUCACUUCUUACUUACAUUCCACGGAGAACAAAUUUUAAAGUUACUUAUUCUUUUUUGUGUG